CAUGAUGAGAAAAAUAAAUUUCUUUAUUCUUUUCCCACUUUUCAUCAUGUUGUUAUUCAGCUUAUCAAUAGCUGCAGAUUCCAUGUACAAUGUCCUAAACUAUGGAGCCAAAUCCGCUGGAAAAUCCGAUUCGUCGAAAGCCUUCAUUAGUGCAUGGACUGCAGCAUGUGCAUCUACUAGCCCAGCCACAAUUUACGUGCCAAAGGGAACUUACCUUCUUGGUAAUGCAUAUUUCAAUGGUCAAACAUGCAAGUGUAAUGCCAUAACUAUACACAUUGAAGGCACACUUGUAGCUCCUUCUGAUUAUAAUGUUAUUGGUAAAUCUGGGAAUUGGAUUAAAUUCGAGAGAGUUACUGGAGUUUCCAUCGUUGGUGGAACCCUAGAUGGUCAAGGUAGUGGUCUUUGGGCAUGUAAAAAUUCAGGAAAAGGUUGUCCUAAAGGAACCACGACAUUAGCUUUUUACAACUCAAACAACGUUGCAAUAAGUGGAUUAACUUCACAAGACAGCCAAAUGUUCCACAUUUUGUUUGAUGGCUGCAAUAAUGUGAAGUUACAAGGAGUGAAGGUUUCAGCUCCCGGAAACAGCCCCAACACCGACGGAAUUCAUUUACAGUCAUCGUCCGAUGUUACCAUCUUGAAUUCCCAAAUUGGGACUGGCGAUGAUUGUAUCUCAAUUGGUCCUGGCAACUCCAAUUUGUGGCUCGAAAACAUCGCCUGCGGCCCUGGCCACGGAAUAAGCAUUGGGAGCUUAGGUUGGGAUAUGCAAGAGCCAGGAGUAGAUAAUGUGACAGUUAAAACAGCGACAUUUACUGGGACUCAGAAUGGUGUGAGGGUCAAAACAUGGGCAAGGCCUAGCAAUGGUUUCGUUAGGAAUAUUCUUUUUCAACAUGUAGUCAUGAAUAAUGUUGAAAAUCCCAUCAUCAUAGAUCAAAAUUACUGCCCUAAUCAUGAAAAUUGUCCUGAGCAGGGUUCAGGCAUCAAGGUUAGUGAUAUAACGUAUCAGGACGUACACGGAACAUCGGCUACACAAGUUGCAGUGAAAUUCGACUGUAGCAAAACAAAUCCAUGUGAAGGGAUAAACUUAUUGGGCGUGAAACUUAGUUAUAAAGAUCAGCCAGCUGAAGUUUUAUGUGUUAAUGCUGGAGGAAAGGCUUCUGGUCUACAACAACCAACUAGCUGCUUACAAAUUUGAAGAAAAGAAGAGCUGGAACAUCCCAUUUCUUAUUAAAUUUAUG